GGCACCAUAACAGCUAUUCCAGCCUGGCUAGUUUUAGCUAGCACGACGGCUAAUGCGGAUACACUACGUACAGACGACGGUAAAUUAUACGGAAAAUGACACCCAGUAAAACAAAGCAAAAGGACUAAAGCGUGUUUUCCUUCUGAUUCCGAUUAACCCAGUGAAUGUCCUGUUGAGUCGACUAUCUCGGCUAACGUCAAUGUUAGCUGCGCAAUGAGCAGCAGUGGCUAAGUUGCUUUUAGCAAAUUAGCUGUAUGCUAGUUUUCCAUUGCUUUAAUGAAUGGGGGUUGGAGUCAACACACCAGUCAACAAUGUACGCUUGGUACUAGCCUCCUCCUUGUUGUGGUUCAGCUUGUCUGGUACAUUAGCUAUCAGGUGCUCAGAGACGUGGACGUAGUUUAUUAAGGAAGGAGCGUGGUUACGUUAGCGAAUGAACCCAGCUAUCGUCGGGACUAAGCCAACCGUGGAUAACUUUGUUUGAAAUGAAGCAUCACGAAGAAAUCAUGCAUUAUCCAGUGAUCCUCCCUGGCCCUGCAUAGAGGAUGUAUGUGGGAAGAAAUGAUGGUGUUUUGGAGUGACCCUGCCCUCCGUCUCAGGUAGGGGAGUGGUGGAGCUGAAGACUCCCCGGCUUGGCCCGGCCCGCUGUUGACGGAUGAUGGGAAACAUUGAUCAUUAGCAGCUCGGUUGUUGUAUUUUUUUUUUUUGGCAUUCACUUUCAACCGGAAUAUGAUAAGUGAUCGGGAUGCCCUGUCAUUGCAUUGAUUCGUUUUUUGGGGAGAUUUGAAGGAUCAUGAUGGAGGAAGUUCCCAAAGACGGAUAUUAUUGGAACUUAAUCAUGGACUGUUAAGCUCAACCAUUUUUUUAUUACACAUUAUUUUUAAAGACUGUUUCACUUGCACCACACCAACAUGUCUGCAUUUGCAGAGUUCGUCCCCCCUCCGGAAUGCCCCGUUUUUGAGCCGAGUUGGGAGGAUUUCUCGGAUCCUUUAGGAUUUAUCAACAAGAUCCGACCCAUUGCAGAGAAAACGGGAAUCUGCAAGAUCCGACCCCCCGAGGACUGGCAGCCUCCGUUUGCCUGCGAUGUACGCAACUUCCGCUUCACUCCGCGAGUGCAGAGACUGAAUGAGCUUGAGGCCCUCACUAGGGUUAAACUCAACUUCCUGGAUCAAAUCGCAAAGUUCUGGGAGCUGCAGGGAUCCAAGACCAGAUUCCCUCAUGUGGAGAGAAAAGUGUUGGACCUCUAUCAGCUCAGCAAGACUGUGUCCUCAGAGGGCGGCUUUGAGGCGGUGUGCAAAGAGAAGAGGUGGUCCAAGGUGGCCGGCAGGAUGGGCUUCCCGGCGGGGAAAGGCACCGGCUCCCUGCUGCGCUCCCACUACGAGAGGAUCCUCUAUCCAUACGAACUCUUCCAGUCGGGGGCCACGCUCACUGGCAUCCAGCGGCUAUAUGAGGAAUGUGAUGAUGGGGAAGAUGUGGACGAGGGAGUCGGUGAGGAGUCGGUGGAGGAAGAGGAGCUGGAUGAGGAGGAUGAGAAAGAUGGAGACGGGGAUGCGAUGCAGGCCAAAGAGAGGCUCCUGCCUGAGAGACGCUCCAGGCGCCUUAAAUCUGAGAGGGAAAACAAGGAGCCUAAAGGCCUAAAGAUCUUCAGCACAAGUCCCAAGAUGGUCAACUUGGGAAUUCUAUCAGCUGAUGACGGAUUCAGCAGGAAGCAGCGUCACCUCAAAGCCCAGGCCUUCGCCAUUAAAAUGCGACCCCGCAAGGAGACCCUGGAGGUCAACUUUAUACCCCAGAUCGACCUGUACCUCUGCCUGGUGUGUGGGCGGGGCGAUGAGGAGGACCGCCUCCUGCUGUGUGACGGAUGUGACGACAGCUACCACACCUUCUGUCUGAUCCCGCCCCUGCAGGACGUGCCCAAGGGGGACUGGCGCUGCCCUAAGUGUGUUGCUGAGGAGUGCAGUAAGCCCAGAGAGGCCUUUGGCUUUGAGCAGGCGGGGAGGGAGUACUCUCUGCAGAGCUUCGGAGAAAUGGCUGACCAAUUCAAGUCGGACUACUUCAACAUGCCUGUUCAUAUGGUCCCCACGGAGUUGGUGGAGAAAGAGUUCUGGCGCCUGGUCAGCAGCAUCGAGGAGGACGUCAUCGUGGAGUACGGCGCUGACAUCAGCUCGAAAGACGUGGGCAGCGGGUUUCCUGUCAGGGACGGGAAGAGGAGGCUACUGGGAGAUGAAGAGGAUUAUGCCAACUCGGGCUGGAACCUGAACAACAUGUCGGUGCUGGAGCAGUCGGUGCUCACACACAUCAAUGUGGACAUCUCGGGUAUGAAGGUGCCCUGGCUCUACGUGGGCAUGUGCUUCUCCUCUUUCUGCUGGCACAUCGAGGACCACUGGAGUUACUCCAUCAACUUCCUGCACUGGGGUGAGCCGAAGACUUGGUACGGCGUGCCGGCCUCUGCAGCGGAGAAGCUGGAGGCUGUAAUGAAAAAGUUGGCUCCGGAGCUGUUUGACUCCCAGCCUGACCUCCUCCAUCAACUGGUCACCAUCAUGAAUCCCAACGUCCUCAUGGAGCACGGUGUCCCUGUGUACAGGACCAAUCAGUGUGCAGGGGAGUUUGUGGUGACCUUCCCCAGGGCCUAUCACAGCGGCUUCAAUCAGGGCUACAACUUCGCAGAGGCCGUCAACUUCUGCACCGCGGACUGGUUACCCAUGGGUCGUCAGUGUGUAUCCCAUUACCGACGCCUCCACCGCUACUGCGUCUUCUCCCACGAGGAGCUGCUCUGCAAGAUGGCUGCUGAUCCAGAGAGUCUGGACGUGGAGCUGGCUGCCGCUGUCUGCAAGGAAAUAGGAGCCAUGAUGGAGGAGGAGACUAAACUCAGACAGGCUGUUCAGGAAAUGGGGAUUUUGUCUUCAGAGCAGGAGGUGUUUGAACUUCUCCCAGACGAUGAACGCCAGUGCUACAAGUGCAAGACGACGUGUUUCCUGUCUGCUCUGACCUGCCCCUGCAGCCCCGACAGACUGGUGUGUCUCACGCACGCAGCAGAUCUCUGUGACUGUGCCCUCGGCAACAAGUGUCUCCGGUAUCGCUAUGAUCUGGAGGAGUUUCCUGCCAUGCUGUACGGGGUCAAGAUCCGGGCUCAGUCUUACGACACCUGGGCAAAGAGGGUCAGCGAUGGCUUGGCUGCCGACCAGAAAAACAAGAAAGAUCUUAUUGAGCUCAAGGUCUUGCUGGAGGAUGCAGAGGACAGGAAGUACCCCGAGAAAGCUUUGUUCCGUCGCCUGAGGGAGAUGGUCAAAGAGGCGGAGACGUGCUCCUCAGUCGCUCAGCUGCUGCUCAGCCGCAAGCAAAGGCACAGCAGCCGCCUGCGUUCUGAGAGCAGUCGUAAUCGUACAAAACUGACGGUGGAUGAGCUCAAGGCCUUUGUGGAUCAGCUCUACAGGCUGCCCUGCAUCAUCAGCCAGGCCCGACAAGUCAAAGAGUUACUGGAGAACGUGGAGGACUUCCACGAGCGAGCCCAGGUGGCGCUGUCAGACGAGAUGCCCGAUUCCUCCAAGCUGCAGGCCCUGCUGGAUCUAGGCAGCGGUCUGGAUGUGGAGCUGCCGGAGCUGCCCCGACUCAAACAGGAGCUGCAACAGGCCCGCUGGCUGGAUGAGGUGCGCAUCACCCUGGCAGAGCCUCACCGCGUCACCCUGGAGCUGAUGAAGAGGCUGAUAGACUCGGGGGUCGGCCUGGCCCCCCACCACGCUGUGGAGAAGGCCAUGGCCGAGCUGCAGGAGAUCCUCACCGUCUCCGAGAGAUGGGAGGACAAGGCCCGCGGCUGCCUUCAGGCCAGGCCUCGACACAGCUUGGUGACCUUGGAGAGCAUUGUGCUGGAAGCUAGGAACAUCCCAGCGUACCUCCCUAACAUAUUGGCCCUCCGCGAGGCCCUACAGAAGGCCAAGGAGUGGACUUCUAAAGUGGAAGCCAUUCAGAGCGGCAGUAGCUUCGCCUACCUGGAGCAGCUGGAGAGCCUGCUGGCCCGGGGUCGCUCCAUCCCCGUCCGGCUCGACCCGCUGGGCCAGGUGGAGUCUCAGGUGGCCUCAGCUCGAGCCUGGAGGGAGAGGACGGCGCGCACCUUCCUCAAGAAGAACUCCACGUACACACUGCUCCAGGUCCUCAGUCCUCGCAUUGACAUCGGCAUCUACGGCAACAGCAAGAGCAAGAGGAAACGCGUGAAGGAGCUGAUGGAGAAGGAGAGAGGAGGCUUCGACCCCGACGCCCUGAGCGACCUGGAGGAGAGCCUGGAGGAGGCGCGAGAGCCUUCCACCGUCGUAGCAGCCUUCAAAUCAAAGGAGCAUAAAGAGGUGGAGUCCAUCCACUCGCUCCGCGCCGCUAACUUAGCCAAAAUGGCCAUGGCCGACCGCAUCGAGGAGGUGAAGUUCUGCCUGUGCCGGAAGACGGCCAGCGGCUUCAUGCUGCAGUGCGAGCUCUGUAAGGACUGGUUCCACGGAGCCUGCGUGCCUCUGCCCAAAACGGGAACGCAGAAGAAGACUGGUGUGGGUUGGCAGAGCAACACCAAGGACUCCAAGUUCCUGUGUCCGCUGUGUCAGAGGUCGAGGAGGCCGAGGUUAGAGACCAUCCUGUCGCUGCUUGUGUCGCUGCAGAAGCUGCCGGUGCGUCUUCCAGAAGGAGAAGCCCUGCAGUGUUUGACAGAAAGGGCGAUGAGCUGGCAGGACCGAGCGCGUCAAUCUCUGGCCACGGACGAGCUGUCCUCAGCGCUGGCGAAGCUGUCUGUGCUGAGCCAGCGCAUGGUGGAGCAAGCUGCCCGAGAGAAAACGGAGAAGAUCAUCAACGCAGAGCUGCAGAAAGCUGCUGCCAACCCGGAUUUGCAGGGCCACAUCCAGACUUUUCAGCAGUCAGGCUUCAGUCGAGCCGCUUCACCUCGCCAGUCGGUGGACUACGAUGACGAGGAGACGGACUCAGACGAGGACAUCAGGGAGACGUACGGUUACGACAUGAAGGACCCCGGCGAGGUGAAGCCCUACCUGUUCUGCGAUGAGGAGAUUCCCGUGAAAUCUGAAGAGGUGGUCAGUCACAUGUGGCCGGUCGUCACGCCGUCAUUCUGCGCCGAACACGCCUACUCUUCCGCCUCAAAGUCCUGUGUACAAAACAUGACGCCCAGGAAGCAGCCCAGGAAGACCCCCCUGGUCCCUCGCAGCCUGGAGCCGCCGGUGCUGGAGCUGUCCUCGCAGGCGAAGGCCCAGCUGGAGGAGCUCAUGAUGCUGGGAGACCUGCUGGAGGUGUCCCUGGAUGAGACCCAGCACAUCUGGAGGAUCCUGCAGGCCACACACCCCCCGUCUGAGGAGAGAUUCCUGCAGGUCAUGGAGCCUGACGACUCUCUGAUGGAUAAGCCUCUGAAGCUCAAGCUGAAAGAGUCGGAGAAGAAGAGGAAGCGGAAGUUGGAGCGGGCCGAGCACCACCACAUGCUGAUGGCCGCCGCCGCUGCCGCAGGUGGAGGUUCAGUGAUGGGCGAGAUGCGGCCAGGCAAGAACAAAGAGCUGAAACGGGUGGGUCUGGAACUGGGACUUGGGAUUAAACCCAAGAAAAAGAAGCUCAAGCUCAACAUGGACAAGAAUCGGGAGAUGAAGCAGAUCGCCAAGCGCUUAGCCAAGGAGGAGAAGGAGAGGAAGAGGAAGGAGAAGUUGGUGGCCAAGGCGGAGGCCAUGAGGGACGUGCUGGAGAAGAGGAAGGAGAAGAAGAUCCUCGACAUUCCCUCCAAGUACGACUGGUCCGGGGCGGAGGACUCCAACGACGAGAACGCUGUGUGCGCCGCCAAGAACUGCCAGAGACCCUGCAAAGAUAAGGUGGACUGGGUGCAGUGCGACGGCGGCUGCGACGAGUGGUUCCACCAGGUGUGCGUUGGCGUUACGUGCGAAAUGGCCGAAAACGAGGACUACGUCUGCAUGGACUGCAUCGGCAAGGCCGGCGGGGGGGACUUAGGGGUCACGGUGGAGGAGGUGGCGGAGGAGAGCGUCGUAGUGCUGUCCACAUCCAUGUGCAGUGUGCAAAGCCUGCCAUCAGUGGUGGCCUCGUGGUCGCACACACCCACUCUACUACACCCAGCAGCCUCACAUCAGCCAGAGCCUCAGCAGGGCAGUUAGCAUUUACAGAACAUACUAAGACUGAGAUUGAAUACUGUACCUCACACAAUGUACGACAUCUUAGGGUGUAUGAAAGACUGUAACUGUCCGGAUUAUAUAGCACAAGAAAGAAGAUGCAUCUUAAAGACGGAGAUAAGAAGAGUGUCCCUGUGUGGCUUCAGCUAACACACGAGAUGUAGUCGUCCUGCAACAGUUCUAGGUGUAGAAACGCCCACCAGCUACUUCCUGAUCCUCAGUGCACCUUCUUACAGUCAAACACUUCUUCCAGCUGUUGUAUUCAGUGCAAAUAAACAAUCGUGUCCCCCCAGUCUUUGUUUUACUGGACAUCCUGAUCUGCCUCCCCCCCCCCCCCCCCCCCUGGCCUGGCCCCUCAGUAACAUCUCAAUACGUAGGACUCCAGACUAGCCAACACAAAUGGUUGUAAUGUAGUGGAAUUAUUUAUAAUGUACAUACUUUUACGCGAUUAAAAAAAAAUGGAUUGUG